AACAAGAAAUUCAUUAAGCCACAAACUGGCCAAGAAAAACAGAAGCAACACUGAAGAGAAAAACGCAGGCACUGGAAACAACCAAACUAUGCUAGCAGAACUAAGCAAAACAACACAUAAACAUAGCACCAGAUUCACGCAGUCACAUUCCAAAAUGAUUUCUCUUAUUUGCAGCUGCUUAGCUAAUUGCAAACAAUUCCUGCGCUUCUACUUAAAUAGCAGACUUGUGACUAUCACAAAUACUAAUAGCACAUAACAAUUACCACAACUGCAGAAGUCCAUAACAAUAGAAAGGACAGACGGGUCCCAGUGGGACCGAGUCGAGGUGAAGAAACGCGGCGUCGUUUGAUUCAGAGACUGACACAUAACAAUUGCAUCGACACCUUCCUUCCUUCUUCUUCUUCUAUCUACUCUUCGACUGAGCGAAAGAUAGAAAUGGCGGUUGUUGGAGGAGUGAUACUGGACGAGAGUGUGCUACUAGUGGAGAACUCGAGUGGGUUGGUACCAGAUGCCCACUCGAUGCUCCGUAAGCUCCGCCAUUCCACCAUCCCUACGGCUAUUUCUUACGGACCAGGCCUUGAUCCUCAUCGGGUCAACCUUCUGAAAGAUAUUGCAAUGCAGUAUUCUCUCCAUUGCUUCAUAUUAGAUACAUCCUCUAUAGAUGACGCCAUUAAUGAGGUCAUACAAGCUUGGCGUGACAUUGGAGGCAGUAUUUUGUACCUAGUAUCUGACAACAAGAGAGACAUCUUUUCUGAACUAACCAAACGUGGUUGGCUGGUCGCUGUUAUGAAAGUUGAAGGCAGCAGUGCAUGUGAGAGUUCAAGCAUGAUGUACAUAAACAAACUGCAGGAGUUGCCUUUGACUAUAUGCCAACUAAAUAAGAAGGCAAUUGGAAAUGAUGUUGUGACAGUUGGUUAUAUUAUGAAGCCUUCUCGUGAAGAAGAUUUUGCUAAGAGGGGUGCAUUUCCUAUGUGUCCGAAUGAAAUUGGGCUGAUGUUCCUGCCCCUCACAUUUGAACUCCCCCUAUCAUCUCAAUUACAAGAAGUAGAUGUACUUCUCCACAAAGCAACUGACGAAAUUAUGUCCGUUGAUUUGAAUAGCUCUUUACAUUCCUCUAAUAAGAUAACAUACAGCAGGGGCAUGCAGGAAUUGCAAAGAUAUAUGGAUCAUCACCAGGACCUCUGUGUGAUUGACCCACUUAACUCUAUUUAUCCUGUAUUGGAUCGAUUGAAAAUCCAACAGAUUCUACUUGCAUUGGAGGAUCUCAAAACUGGAAGUCGCCGUGCAAUUAGGGGGCCCCAUUAUCUCAAGGUUGAUGAUUUUAACCAGUCUGGUUUAACUCAAAUGCUAUCUGAAGCUAAAUUAGCUCUUCCAAGCAUAGUAAAACCUCAAGUUGCUUGUGGUGUAGCCGAUGCUCAUAGUAUGGCAAUUGUCUUUAGAGUCGAAGAUUUUAAGGAUCUGACUGUUCCUCUUCCAGCGAUUAUACAGGAAUACGUGGACCAUUCCUCGACGCUCUACAAGUUUUAUGUUUUGGGCGAGAAAGUUUACCAUGCAGUUAAGAGCUCCACACCAAAUGCAGAUACCUUGAUGAAAUUAUCUGGAAGUGAUGAGCCAAAACCUUUGGUCUUUGACAGCCUAAAAUCCUUGCCUACUAGCAAACCGAAUCCAAAUUCUGUAGACAACAACAGCUUGAAGGCCACUGAGCACUGCAUUGAUCUUGAGCUGGUUUCAAGUGCAGCUAAUUUUCUUAUGAGAAAGCUUGACCUGACCGUGUUUGGCUUUGAUGUCGUAAUCCAGGAAGGAACCGGUGAUCAUGUAAUUGUAGAUGUAAAUUACCUUCCAUCAUUCAAGGAAGUACCCAACGAAGUUGCCAUCCCCGCGUUUUGGGAUGCAAUUAAGAAGAAAUAUGACUUGAAAAAGAAGAAAUUAGCAGCAGCUAGCUAGUAUGUGAGAGCAGGUUAGUGAAGAUGUAAUGUGAUCAUGGCAGGGAGGAGGAGCAAUGUGAACACUGAAUGUGGAGAUAAGUUGUGUAAUC